CAGACUUUAGCUUAACCAGAAAAGAUGUUGUUCCAGAACAUUUCCGCAAAGGAUGUGGUAACGGCCAGGAUGGAGCCACAGCUCAUUGUACCGUUAGCGGCAAUUAUCCUGACCACAUGCACCAUCGGGAUUUUGGGAAACAUCCUAAUUUUAGUAGCAGUUCUAAUCAGUCAGAGACUGCGAACAGUUGGAAACAUGUUCAUUAUCAACUUGACGCUGAUAGAUCUGGUGAUGUGUUGUAUUGUCAAACCCAUGGCACUAACAGGUAUAUUUGCUGGCGGUGAUUUUUACAACAACCACCAAACGUUGUGUAUAGUGACGGCCAUGAUCACAGUUACCUUGUGCGUUUCCUCCAUCAUCAACAUCGUGGCCAUUGCAAUCAACCGUUACGUGCAGGUAUGCCUCAGGGGUUCUUACAAUAGCAUCUACACACGCAGGAGAGCAGCUGGAAUGUGCGUCGCAAUCUGGGUGAUAGGUUUUCUCCCCAACUUCUAUUACAUAUUCGCAGGUGUGCCCUAUCACUUUGACCCCAAACUACUGCUUUGUCUAUACGAUAGGGACAGCAGCUACCAUUUCAACAUUGGGCUGUACACACUGUGUCUCUGUCAGAACGCUAUCGUUGGACUCGCUUACUGGAAACUCUUUCGCCUUGUUGCCAAGAGUUCCCAGCGCUUGUCCCGUACUUCGUCCGAGUCCAGCAGCCUCCUUAAGGCCGUCUUCACCAUCUUCCUUGUCUACACGGUGUGUUGGGGACCUUUUCUCUUUAUCGGCCUAAUCGAUGGACAUGACAGAGCUCCCAGGUUCGCCUAUGUGAUCACUGUUUGCAUGGCGCUCAUCAACUCCAGCAGUGAUUGGAUUAUUUACACCCUUAACAAUCGUUACUUCAAAGAAGCUUACAGACAAAUCUUUGGAUGCAAAGCUCCUGAGCCGAACAAUUGCAAAUCUUCGAAUUCUCCGAAUACGGAAAUGUUCAGUAAUAUCAAGUCUAGCAUACGAAAUCAUUGAGAUGCUGUAAUGACCAAACGAGGACGUGACAACUGUUGACACCACGAACUUUCAGAUUGUAGAGUUACUCCUGUUUGAACUGCCAAUACAAAAUUUUACUACAUUUUGAUGUUGCAAAGUUGCUAUAGACCUAUAGCAUGAUUUGCCACCUAAUAUCAAAAGUGUACUCUAUAAAAAUAUUCUCUAGUACGAACCUAUUACCUUAUGUGGUAGCAGUAAUAAAACCUUGCCAACCAGAACCCAAACCUAAUAUAAAAGUCUACAUGCUCUAGUACGAGUCUGUCACCUUAUUCUGGCGUGAUAAACUUGGCGCCCAGAACCCCCAAGUAUGAUACUGCCAGUUUACUUUGAUCCCUUUGUCCCUUAAUAGCAAGAGUGUACAUACUCGACUACGAACCUGCCACCAUGUGCUAGCGUGAUAAAUUUACCACCCACAGCCAAAAACUGCAUGUGUAUACUGGGGUAUGAUUCCGAUAAUUUAUCUGGUGCUAUAGCACGAAAAGUUUGCCCGCACAAUCCCAAAACUGUACUACCAUACGAGUACAACACAGUCUAUGGCUAGCGUGAUAAACUCGUCACCCGAAUCCAAACUGUUCUGGGGUAUGCAAAUGACAAGUACCUGCUCUCACAGCGUGAUGGCUUUACCAUGCACCCUUUUACUAGCCUCAUACCUUGUCACACAAUCCCAAGGUAUUUGUACUCGAUACACUCUUUUAACCCAAGUACUCACACUUGAGGCUGGUAAUCAAUGCCCUAAUCAAUCCUAAAUAAGCACUGGCGCAGCACACUGGUAACCUUCAGAGAACCUUUAGCGAUCCUUAAAUGUAAGAUACUGUUACUAGCGCCUUGACAUUAGCAACCAAUCAAAAUGUACAGCCGUAUUAAAUCGACUUGUAACGUCUUAACAUUGCCAAACAGUCUUAAAAUAUACUGGUGUAUGGAAGAGUAGUAACGCCUUAACAUUGCCAACGGGUCCUGAAAUGUACUGGCGUAUUAAAUAGACUGGGGACACCUUAUCAUUGCAAACCAAUCUUAAAAUGUACUGGCGUAUUAAAGAGGCUGGUAGAACUAAUAACUUAGCUGGUAGAACUAAUAUAGAUAGCACUAAUGUGUUGCAACUGAUAUAAGUUAUGCAGAUAAUGUAGACGUUCUAUAUGAUGCUUGAUAUGUACAUGUGAUAGUGGAUAUGUUGAUGUAUAGCAUAAACUAAUCUCGCAGAUGUUUUGUAACCAAUAUCAGCUCCCUCGAGAUGUCAAGUAUGUAGACAACUUAUACUCUAUACUUGAUGUUUAAUACUGAGACAAUGACAAUUGAUAUGUUCACGUAUAGUACAAACCGAUUUACCGAUGUUUUAUAACCGAUAUUAAUUCUGUCGAGAUUUCAAAUGCGAAAGCAACUUAGACACUGUACUAGAUGCUUGAUACGAUAUGAUAGCUUUAUUUGUUUUAUUUGAUUGGUGUUUUACGCCGUACUCAAGAAUAUUCCACAUGUACGGCGGUGGUCAGCAUUAUGGUGGGAGGGAACCGGGCAGAGCCCGGGGAAAACCCACGAUCAUCCGCAGGCUGCUGCCAGACCUUCACACUUACAGCCGGAUAUGAUAGCUGACAUGUUGAUUUAUAGCACAACUGAUCUGCAUACGUUUACAACUGACAUCGUUUCUAAUGUUGUCUAAAUGUCAUGUGUACAGACAGCUUAAUACAAAGAUGUGGUAGUUGAUACGUUGAUAUCUGUUACAAACUGAUCAUUACAGACUUAUUUUCAUAACCGAUGUCUAUUCUGUUAAUAUGGAUAUACGGCAUGUAAAUAUAUGAUAUGUUUCCUAUUUGAUAGUUAAUAAAUGAA